AUGGCGCCUGGCAGUGCCACAACUGACCGGGAUUUCGCAUCCCCGGAGCCCCUGCCUCACCUGGAUUCUACCCCCAGUCUCCAUUUCGGAUUCGAGACCGAGACAAACCAUGCCAGUGCGCCUGAAGGACGCUUAAACUUCCCGCUACCUGAGCCUUCCCAAUCACCGCACGACUCUGGGCACGGCCAGACGGCAUCGCAGCUUCCCCGUAUUUCUCUGCCGGCCAGCGAUGUUACCAGUAGUGACUAUGGUGAUGAUCGCAAGUCGGAACUCAUGAUUCCUCCAGUCAACGUCCAUGCUACGGCUGGACAUCAUGAUGUCCCAAGCCACGAAAACAAGCACCCUGAACUCCCAGAGGAGCCUCAAAUCCUGGACAAGCCAUAUGAUGAACACCGCGACACCCGCCGGAUGACUCUCGGAUUGCGCCCGCUGCCGCCAGAAGACCCUGCAGACAACCCUGAGCAGCGUGCCAAUCGGAUUCGCUCCUUCUACAAGGAGUACUUCGAUGAGAGCAAGACUGGCCGGGAGACCACAUAUUACGAAGACUUCGGGCCUGAGUUCUACGAGGACGGUGGUUUCGUCUAUGACCCAGUCACUGGCGACUACUUUGAUGCCGCACCGGCUCCCUUCGCUGAGCCGGUGACCCGUCGUGCUAUGACGCCGCCGCCACGUGCUCCUCCACGCUUCCAGGGAGCCGCUCGUCAUCAGGCCACGAACUCUGCAGGCUUCAAUGGCUUCUCCCCGGGCCCUCGUUCCUUCUCGUCUGCAUCCGGGCCCCGGGCUUUCUCCUCCGCCUCCGGGCGUAUGCCUGGUCCCAGAGCUCCCCGGAAGCCGAUGCCCCCUCCGGCACCGCUUCAGGUUCUUCCCACUCCUCACAUGCUGAGAGAUGAAUCUCUCAUGUCCGCUGUGGACUUUGCUCCCGCAAACGGCUUCCGCGACCAGCGUGCGGGUCGCCCCGAGACGCCUACCGGUGGCAUGCGACCUUAUAGCCCAGCUGUGCGUGCGCACACCCCGCUGGCCUCUGCCUUUGAUGAGCUCGCCGUCAUGCCCAGCCCACACGCUCUGCGGAAGUCUGGAACGUACACGAACCUGGACUUCGUACCCCCGCCACGUUUCAAGAACGAGGGCGCCGGCAGCGAUGCUGGUAGUAUCCGCAGUAACCGGACUGGUGUUUCAAAUACCCACAUGAACAAUAUCCGCAUGGGCAACUACCGCAUCAGUCGCUUGCCGGCGGACACGGUCGGCACCAAGGACGAUUUGAUGACCAGCCUGCGUCCGCACUGGGAUUUGAAUAACAACAAAUAA